AUGGCCGAACCACCCCUCGCUCCCCCAAUCGUGCCCCCACCUACACCUCCAACCUCGCUCCCCCUCCAUACCCCGCCACCCCCCUUCGACUCCUCAAACCUCACGCAAAUAACCCAAGGCGCAGAAGCUCUCCUAUACACAACCUCUUUUCUCUGGUUCUCUCGCCCUGCAAUUCUCAAAUACCGGCCUCCAAAACCAUACCGGCACCCGACUCUCGACCGGCGCCUCACCCGCCAACGCUUACUCGCUGAAGCAAGGAGUUUGCUGCGAGUGAAGAAGGAAGGGGUCAAUGUGCCUGGGGUGUUGGGAGUAGAUGCGGAGGAAGGUUGGUUAGUGCUUGAGUUUCUUGGGGGAGGCACGGUUAGGGGUGUGCUUGAUGAGUGGGCGAAGCGAGCUGAGGUUGCGAAAGAUGGAGUUGAAGAGGGAGCAAAGGAGAAGGAAGAAGAACAAGAUAUGAUAAACCUCAUGGCACGAAUAGGUCGUGAAAUCGGUAAACUCCACGCCGUCGGUGUGUGCCAUGGGGAUUUGACAACGAGUAAUAUCAUGGUUCGCUCACCUACCCCUUCUUCUUCUUGUUCUUCUUGCUCUUCCUCUUCCUCCUCGUCCCCAUCGUCGUUGUGGCCAUCAGAAGAAGACAGCGAAGAAGAAGAAUCAAAGAAGUUGAUACGCCACGGCACCAUUUACCUCGUCGACUUUGGUCUCACCAGCGCAUCCAUAGCAGACGAGGACAAAGCAGUAGAUUUAUACGUCCUUGAGCGCGCAUUCAGCGCUACGCAUCCUGCCGCUGAGCCGCUGUUCAAAGAGGUGCUGAGGGCGUAUGGGGACACGGGCAAGGGAGCGAAGAGUGUGUUGAAGAGGUUGGAAGGGGUGAGGUUGAGGGGGCGGAAGAGGAGUAUGCUUGGGUGA